AGAGCGGAAGCUGUGCGGGUGUAAACAAGUUGUCAGUCACUGCACUGGCUUUGCAGACAGUUCUGUCCCAGUGUGAGGAGCCGGAGCAGUAGCAGCAGCGGCGGAGGUGAUGGGAGCUGCGCUUGGAGCUUGUUCUUUAGCCAGCUGGAUCCCAUGUUUAUGUGGCAGUGCACCAUGUCUUCUCUGUGGAUGCUGCCCAAGUGGGAAAAAUUCAACAGUGACUCGUUUGAUCUUCGCAUUCUUUCUGCUGCUUGGAGUGGGAGUGGCUUGUAUUAUGUUAAUGCCGGGAAUGGAAGAGCAGCUCAAGAAGAUACCAGGAUUUUGUGAUGGUGGACGAGACACCCCCAUUCCUGGAGUCCAUGGACAAGUGAACUGUGAUGUGUUGGUUGGAUAUAAGGCUGUUUACCGGGUUUGCUUUGGCAUGGCAAUGUUCUUCCUCCUCUUUUCCCUGUUGAUGAUUAAAGUGAAGAGCAGUCAAGACCCAAGGGCUGCAGUCCACAAUGGAUUUUGGUUUUUUAAAUUUGCCACCAUGGUUGCUAUAACAGUGGGUGCUUUCUUCAUUCCAGAAGGACCCUUUACAACAGGUUUGUACAAGACAAGCAACAAAAAUGCUGCUAGUUCAUGACUGUUGAGAUUUUUA